CGUCGUCGAAAUUCCUGUCUUGCCUCAUGUGGAUGAAUCACAUCAGAAUGCAAUGUAAUAAUUUCGCGUCUCUCAGUGAAGAGUGAAUAUUUUUGACGUGUUAUUGAUGCUUUCUUUUCGUUCAGAAGAUUGACUUACUUGUUGCAUCGGUAAAAGUGUGUUUUGUGAUAUGAUGUAUGUACUUUGAAAACGUGAUACAUAUUUCGUAUUUCGUGGCAUCAAAUAGUCAUUCAAUUCAAUUGUUUGCGUUGAAAUCGAAGAACAUUUAUGAAAAUGGCUGGAAACACUCCCAAAGUGUACGAUCUCUUCCAUCCGACUCCGGUACCAUUGAAAGAACUGGCAGCGAUCGCUGUAAGUCUUCAAAUAUGGCGCUCCGAACUGAAGAAAUUCCGUACAAAUGGUCUUACAGAGGAAAAAUUCGAUGCAUCCCGACAUGGUUCUCGUAUUUCUUUGGAUACUCACCUGCCUGAUUUACCAACUGAAAUUCGCGAUAUGAUCCGCGGCUAUGUCGAGAAACUGGGCUUGUCAAUAGAUGACUGGGUAUCAGAUCAUUGCAGAAAAGUGAUCGCUGAUAAUACCAACUCACGAGACGACUUCUAUUACGUUUUGAAAUACUUCGACGAUUUGGUCUGCGAUUACGACGGCACCCUUCAUUAUGUCAGGACAGCCAAACGUUGGAUGCAAUGUACCAGUAAUAUGUUCGGUUUAAACGGAAAAUUCUCCCUUGCUUGUUUGUACUGUUUCGAGGACGUCAUCAAAGAAAUAUGGCCGUUUGUAUCGAAAAAUACAGUCUGGGAUAAUAUAGAAUGCGACAGAAAUCCGAUACUGUAUUAUUGGAUUUGCUACCUUAGAAACGAUCUAGGUAAGAUAAAAAACCGUAGAGGUGAUUCUGUAUAUGAAACGCUGUUCUGUUUGAUCGGCAAAGAUAAGCCUUGUCUAAGACCGGCAGUGGAUUACUUCUGGGAUCGUAUUCCUUUUGCUGGUCGAAUGCGACCGGCUAAAAAAGUAAUGAAAUAUCGCUUUAGAUCGUUCGUUCGGUUCCUUCUACCGAAACUAGAUAAUCAACUGUUGCAGAAAAUCGUCAACUACAACGGCGUCGAUUUGGUACACAUUCUGUUUAGAGAUGAAAAAUACGACGAACAGGCGGUUAUAACGACUUGGUUGUACGUUAGAAAUCGCUUGAACAAGGAUAUGUUCAGCUACCUGGUUCAGAAAAUAUUCGAAACGGAGCUUUUGUACGUGAGCGACGAUUUUUGGGGAAAGGCUCGCGAUGACGACAGUUUAGCGUAUUUGGCUCGUGAAAUAUGGAAUAAUGCUCCGCGUAAUUUAAAACUAUCGACGAUUCGAGAAAUUAUAUCUGACAGUCAAAUGUUCGAAGGCAUGGCUGAAGGUCUUGAUUGUGAUCCGGAUCCAAAAAACGCCGAUUUCUUAUUAACCGUUAUCGCCGAUGCAGCCAUCGAAGACAGGAAGAAUUUAUUUUGGGUACGCAACUGGCAUCAUUUGAUCGCACUUUACUCCGGAACAGAUUUGCAGCAAAUGAUGAAACUUUGUUUCGAAAAUGACGACGAAAUCGUUCAGUUCAAAGAAAAAGUCAUAGCUGUCAGUAAAUACGUAAGCGGUCAUUGCCACAAAUUACUGGAUUAUUCGCAUUUCAAUAAAUUGAAUGACUUUAUAAGUUUCUUAUACCCUGAGACACAAUCAGCGAUCGAUUUCAAACGAAAAAUACUCAAAAAAGUUUAUCUCCUUCAAGAUUUUACCGAAGAAAACGCCCUCGCCAGCAGCAAAAAACUACGUAACCGCUUUUUCAAAUUAUUGAAUAGGGCGGAAUUCGACGAAUUGAACGACUUCUUGAGUUUCUUAUGGCCCGAAAUGCGAGAACCGAGAAUUUUCAAGCAACGAUUACUCCAGUUGGCUUUUCUCGGCCAAGAUUGUCAACUUGGUGGUUCGCUUAUGGAUAAAAUUGAAAAAUUCAACGAAUUCAUCGACGAUACGUUUAAUACCAUUGAACUGUCCAACGAUUUUAAAAAUCAACUCGCGUCUUCGCCUUCAAUUCAGGACCGUCUAGCGCGCUUUGCUCAUUCAUCUUAUAAUUCAGAAAAGAUAUGGAAAUUCGUUGACACGUUUGUCCUGCAAGAAGAAACUCUAAUGCAGAUCAAAAUGCGUACGAGAGAUGCGUUAAAAGAGCAUUUUUCCAAGACUAAUACAUCAAGUAAAUUCGAGUUAAGGUUACGCUUUUCGUUUGAUUUUCCAUCCGGCAAGUUUUUAUUGUGGUGUUUUGGAAAUGACGAAGAAGUUGCGAAGUUUAAGCUGAGCAUUGGUUACAAACCCAAGGAUUCAUCCGAUUCCAUGUCAGCUGAUUCAGACUCAGAGGAUGUACCUAAUGUGUUAAAAUCAAUUUUCUAAAUUUUUAUUUUUUAUCUAUUGAUUAAAAUAAAUUUCGUUUAAUAGAAAUCGCGAACAUGUCUUUCUUAAUAACGAUUCAAUUAUUCAAACUUAAGUACGAUUGCAUUCGUUGAUAAAUUUAUUUUUUACUUUUAUUUUUUAAGAUGGAAAUUUAAUACUUAGAAAUUUGAGUCCAAUUUUUCAGGUAAUUUCACGAUUUUCUUAUGAUUAUUUCUAGUGUUAACUUACGAUUGUGUUGAGUUGAUUUCAUUUUUUAUGAAUGAAAUUAGAUGAUAAACUACAAAUAAGUCUUAUUUUCAAAGUAAUUGCACGUUUUUUAUUUUUUCAAUUUUUUUAGUGUGAAAUUACAGAUUUCUCGAGUUCAUUUUAUUCUGAUUUGUGAUUUUUUUUUAUGACAUAUCGUAUUGUAAUUUCGUAAUACUUAUUCACCUACUUACCUAAGUAAUUUUGUUCAUUGUUCCUUCGGGCUACUCGAUGAUUCGUCGAACUAUUGCCUCAGUGAUUUUGUUUGUUUGAACUUAGAGUACAAUAUUUGAGUAUAAUGAU